GACGUCAGUGCUGUCAAAAGCAAAAGAUUUUGGAGUUUGGCAAUGAUUCAGACAUCCCAAGCCGAGCGACCAUGAUGCCUGCAAUGCUGAUGAAGACGACGAUGGCCCAUUGAAUCGAAUCGACGAACAUGAGGAGGAGCAACCUAUUCUUGGUCCUGCCGUUGGCGACUUUCCAUGCUGCGACCAGUCUCAGCAGUUCCAAGCCCAAGUCGGCAGUCAAGACUCCGCCAGAAAUGAACCGAAGGGAUUUGUUUGGCAUUGGUUUGGUGUCCACGGCCCUGCUAUUUGGAGGUGACUCUGCAGAAGCAUUCCCCAACAAAAUAUCCACAAAGUACGAUGAUAGACCCAAACGACGAGGACCUCAGCCCAAAGAUUUGGGUGUUGGCCCUCGCAAAGACAUGAUUGGAGACGAAUACGUGGGUUUAAAAAACUGCGGGCCUGCACCCAACUGCUUUUGUUCGACCGAUGAUCCCGAGGACGAACCGGAUCACUAUAUUCCUGCUUGGAUUUGGCCCGAAAGUCUCGACCAGGAAAAAGCCUUCCAGCAGCUCGAACAGGUCAUCCAGGCAUACCAGCCCGGCCAAGACAAUGUCGAUGGAGGUGGUUUUCAGAUUGUCACGUCCAAGAAUGGGUACAUUUACACGCAGUUUGAAGCGCUCAAGAAUGGGUACAUUGAUGAUUUGGAGCUGGCAGUUGUGAAUGGGAAAGGUCCUCGUGCCGUACAAGUGAGAUCCAGUAGUCGCGUUGGAUACCUAGACUAUGGAGUCAAUGGCAAACGUGUCAACUAUAUUGCCAAAAGUCUACGGGAAAAAGGCUGGAAUGCACCUGGAGUCGACUACGACACGCAUCGAAACUAUGCUAUUCAGAAUGAGGUCAUUUGAUGAUCGAGUAAAAUGAUUAUGGAAGCACUCGCGUCCAUCACACGACAACCAUCCAAUCUACCUCCACAGGACGAUCCUGAUAUUCAAUACAUUGCUGUGGCUAGCAUAAAAAAUUAAUAAUCGGAGAAACUGCCUUCUCAACCGACUAACUCAGAUACACUAACUGAUUUGACGAAGCAAAAAGCA